CGCGUUCGCGGCCGCGGGGACGCCGGACCGCGGAGCGAGGUUGGCGCUGGUAUGGCGGAGGCGCGGCCCGGCGCAGGUACAUUGAAUUUCAAUCCUGAUGCUGCUGAUUCCAUUCCUGGAGAAAGACAACCUACAGAUAUAAAUUGGGUAAAUAAAGAUAGGAAAGAGUCUAACAGUAAUCAGAAUAGAAGUAAUUUAUCAUUUCCUAGUCUGUCUUCUGAAAGAGGUACAGACCAUGAAACCUCUUCCACAAAGCACCAUGGCUUUUGUAAUCCAGAAAGUCAAUAUGGGAAUUCUGAAGACUUCCACCAGUAUUUUAGUACCAGUAAAAGUUUGAAGAAUCGCAACUUCCUAAGCCAGAGAUUGCACAGAUCAAGAAAUGAUAGCACAUGUACUAGAAAUAAGAUAAGGCAAAAUACUGCUGAUGCUGCUGCAGGUCCAGAAAUUUCAGGUGUUGCAAUAGUACCUAGUAGAAGAGCACCUCCUAGAGGAUAUAAUGAUUUUCUCUCCUCAGAGAGUGACAGGGAGGUACCUAAUGCAGAUAGCAGAGGAGCAAAGCCAAAGAAAACGCAUCUGAUGCAUGCAUCUGGAAGAGGUUUCAGGGAGAAGGGAAAGCAAGUACAUGACCGUGAAAAGAGAGUGAGCUCUAAACAGAAAGUAGAGCUGCUUGAAAAUGUUCCAUCUUUGGAUUUGAUACAGUCUGACUCUUCAGAAUCUUCUGUUGGAAAGGCAUUCUGUGAUGCACCUGUUGGUAGUGGGGAUGAGCAAAAAGGCUACAAUUAUCUAAACAAAAGAUAUCCCCGGAAGCCUGUGUGGAAUAAACCCUCAGUAGAAAAGGAGUGUCAGAAAAGACAUGAUUCUCACCGUAGUAAGAAUACAAAAGUAGGUAAGAAGUCUUCUCUUGCAUAUACUCCAAAAGAUAAAAAUGAAAGGAAGAAAGAACUCCCUGUCCACAAGAAUGAUGAAAACUUGACCAAGGAAGUCAGGCAUCAAUUGUCUGAGUCUCUCAGACUCAGUGGAAGAAAGUUCCUGCUAAAGGGGGAUCAGGCACCUGCACUUCAUUUUAGCUGGACCCAAUACUGGAAAAAGCAAAGUGAUGUACCAAAAAACAAAGAAACUCAUACCGGGUCAUUGAUUGAACAGCUGACCACAGAAAAGUAUGAAUGCAUGGUGUGCUGUGAGGUGGUCCGAAUAGUAGCCCCAGUGUGGAGCUGUCAGAAUUGUUAUCAUGUAUUCCACCUGAAUUGCAUUAAGAAGUGGGCACGAUCACCAGCUUCACAAGCGGAAGAUGGCAAUAGUGGUUGGAGAUGUCCAGCUUGUCAGAAUGCUUCUAUGCAAGUUCCUAAGACUUACACUUGUUUCUGUGGUAAGGUGCACAAUCCUGAAUGGAAUAGAAAUGAAAUCCCACAUAGCUGUGGGGAACUUUGUGGAAAGAAGCGACAGUGUUUGGACUGUCCACAUCUUUGUAACAUUCUUUGUCAUCCGGGACCUUGCCCUUCAUGCCCAGCCUUUGUGACAAAAUCAUGUGAAUGUGGACAAACAAGUCAUUCAGUUCGCUGUGGCCAAUCAACAAAAAUUCAUUGUUCUAAUGUAUGUGGAAAUACUUUAAACUGUGGUAAGCACAGCUGUACUCAAGUGUGCCAUGCGGGAAAAUGUUCACCUUGCCAGUUAACAGUCCAACAAGUGUGUUACUGUGGAAGCAACUUUAAAGAAGUAUUGUGCGGGUCAAAGGAAGAAUUCUCUGAUGGAUUUGGGAGUUUCUCAUGUCAGAAUAUAUGUGGCAAGAAAUUAAAUUGUGGGAGGCACAACUGUAAGCAAGUAUGCCACCCUCAGCCUUGCCAGCUUUGUCCACGACUUCCACAAGUAGUGUAUCGCUGUCCCUGUGGUCAGACUCCUCUCAGCAAGUUACUGGAACUAGGAUGUGUUGAACGUAAAAUAUGCACAGAUCCUAUCCCGUCAUGUGGAAAAACAUGUGGCAAACCUCUUUCUUGUGGUAGCUAUGAGUUCAUUCAUACAUGUGAAAGCCUUUGUCAUGAAGGAGACUGUAGACCAUGUUCUCACACAUCAAAUAUUUAUUGUAGAUGUGGCUUCAAAAAAAAGGAAGUCCCAUGUACUCUUCUCAGAAAUAAAGCUGCUAUUACAUUCAUGUGUGACAAGCGAUGCAACAAGAAAAGAUCAUGUGGACGACACAAGUGUAAUGAGGUCUGCUGUGUGGACACAGAACAUAAGUGCUCUUUGGUUUGUGGUCGUAAACUCAACUGCGGGCUUCAUAGAUGUGAAGAACCCUGUCAUCGGGGCAGUUGUCAAACAUGCUGGCAAACAAGGGGCGCUGUUGGAUCGCUAGAGGUGUUGGACCUGCAGUUCUCGGUCGUGGUCGGCAGGGGGCGCUGUGGGAUUGCUGGGAGUGCAAGGCCUGCAGUACCCUGUCGUGGCCUGCAGGGGGCGCUGUUGGGCUCCGGUGGUCACCACGCGGGGGAGAGGGGUCCAGAGGGAGCGGUCCCGGCCCGCAGGAGAAACCGAGAAGGGAAUAGGGGGCCCCUUCCCUCAAUGGAAGGAAGGGGUUUUGAUGAGUUAACUUGUUACUGUGGUGAAUCUGUGAUUUACCCCCCUGUUCCCUGUGGCACUCAGCCACCAGAGUGUAAAAAAAUAUGUACCAGGCCGCAUGACUGUGAUCAUCCAGUGUACCAUUCAUGUCAUAGUGAGGAGAAGUGUCCACCCUGUACUUAUCUCACUCAGAAAUGGUGUAUGGGCAAGCAUGAACUGCGAAGUAAUAUUCCUUGUCAUCUCACUGACAUUUCCUGCGGACUUCGCUGCAAUCAAAUGUUAAAAUGUGGGAUGCACAAAUGUAAAAGAAUCUGUCAUAAAGGAGAAUGUCUUAUAGAUGAAGAGUGUAAACAGCCGUGUAUUAUUCCAAGGCUAUAUUGUAAUCAUCCCUGUAUGGCUCCGUGUCAUCCCUCUUCACCCUGCCCAACAACCUCGUGCUGUGCAAAGGUUGAUCUUCAAUGUGAAUGUGGAAGAAGAGAGGAGAGUAUGAUUUGUUCAGAAGCAUCUAAUAAGUAUCAAAGAAUAGCUGCUAUAUCUAUAGCCACUAAGUUAACAGAUCUACAGCUUGGAGAUUCCGUGGAAAUCAGUAGGCUUAUUACGAAAAAAGAAAUGAAGCAAGCCAGGUUGCAAUGUGAUGAAGAAUGCUUAGCCCUUCAGAGGAACAGGCGUCUUGCUGAAGCUCUUGAAAUAGAUGAUAAUUCUGAUCCUUUUAACAUCCGUUCUUCUGGACCAAAGUACAGUGACGUUCUAAAAGAAGAUGCAAGGAAGGAUUUAAAAUUUGUCAGUGACAUUGAGAAGGAAAUGAGAAUGCUUGUGGAAGCUGUAAAUAAGGGCAAGCAUACAAAGAAGAGUCAUUGUUACCCACCAAUGAACAGAGAUCACCGCAGAAUCAUCCACGAAUUAGCUCAGGUUUAUGGUAUUGAAAGUGUGAGCUAUGACAACGAACCAAAACGCAAUGUUGUUAUUACUGCAGUGAAAGGGAAAUCCAUUUGUCCAAGCAAUACCUUAACUUCUGUGCUAGAUAAAGAAAUGCAGAGCAGGCCUCCACCUCCUAUUCCUCAUUACAAACAAACAGAUAAGAGUAGUGGAAACAUUGGCUUAUCCAAACCAUUAAAAGAAGAGCCAGUAAUUGACUACUUUGAUGUCCAAGACUGAAGUGAUUGAUGUAGAAUCAUUCAGAUGUAUCAGAAUUAUGUUGAUUAUGAAUGAUACAGAAGUUUAGAGGUGAAGAUACUAAGUUAUUGUGUGAGGUGCUUUUUGAUUAUCUGUCAAAUGAUCAGUUGUUCAGCAUAUUCAUGAUUUAACAUCUAAAGUUAGAUAGAUUGUGACAAUUUAAAAAGUUAUGCAUUUCAACAGUUUACGUGACUGCAUAAUACCUAAUAGUAGUAUAGCUUUUUAAACCUGGGUUUGGUGCAAUUUUUUAUCUAAUGUGCUGUCAGAAUGAUGUAUAUUUUCGUUGAUGCCUGUAAAGCAAGAAAACUGGUGGUAAUUAAAUGUAUUUUUGGGAUAUUAAGAACAACAAUAAAUCACAAAGAUUUAUUUUGUCAGAUCUCACACAAAUUAAAAUAGACUAGAAAUGAUCUGUGAUAAAAACACUGGUCAAGAAAUUCUCAAAGUAUUUUCAUGUUUUAUUGAUCCACAUUUGUGUUAAUGUGGUAAAUUUGGGAAUUUGAGUUACUCUUUUGCAUGGAAGGAAAUAUAAAAUUUAAGUAUAAAUAUAUACAUAAAUGCAUAUUAAGAGCACAGACUUCCUUUGGUAUCUGAAGAGCCAGCAUUUGGGGAAAGUGGGGAUUAAGACUUAUUUUACUUUAUUUCAAAUUUGAUGCGUUAAAACAGAAAGAAACAAACAAGCAAAAACAAAGGAAAAAACCCAAGCCAAACAACAACAAAACCAACCCCACAACACAAGAUUACUACUAUAACUUGGUUUAGUAGUACUUAAUAACUUGGUCUUUGUUCAAGACCUUGAACAAAAUCAAAAAUCAGACUUUAUAUAUAUUUUGGUGUUUUAUGCAUGGUUUUAUUGGGGUUUACAUUUUUUCUGUACUGUGCAAGCUUAAGAUGAAUGUGUGAAGUUUGGUUUAAGUAUGUUAUGGAUUUGGAAUAAUAUUUGUACAAUUUAUAAGACCAUCUAAACUGUUUGAUAAUGGAAGAUCUUUGUUUUAUGGGAAAUGCCAUUAAAAAAAUGGGAUGACAGUUUCCAGAAUUGUUUCCAGAUCUUGAUUUAAGAUAGGUGAGUAGCUCUCUGGGAGAGGAAACGGUAGGUCUGAUCGGAAGAGGUGGUACAGCUCUGAAUUUGAGUUAUAUCUGUUCUCUUGAGGAGAAGGUUUUUUAUAUUAAUAACUUCAGGAACUCUGACACUGACGCACUCUUUUUCUUGAUCCUUGUGGUUGCUAUAAUUAGCACUAGAGGCGAGUCCCCUGCACAGCAUCAGAGGCUGCUGCUAAAAGGGCCUUAGCAUGAAGAAGAAACAGAUCUAGCAGAAGACUUAGUCAUCUGUUGAUUUAAUUUUCAGCCAGCAUGUUGUAGUGUGAGAUUUGUUGCCAAGAAAAUGGAAGGCAGUUCUGCAUGCUUAGAUUCACUUAGAGUUAUCAUAUGACCCUGAGCCUUAACUAUGAAGCAUUCGGUGGCUACAUUUCAAUUGAACAGUUCAUGAAACAUUAAAGAAUUAGCAGCAAACUCACAGACUGUAUCUGUCCCCCAAAUGUUUUGAAAAUGAAAAUGCAUGCAUGCUAUUAUCAUUUAUUUUUGUAGGAAUUUAUUAUUUCACAUUUUUAAAAAUGCAGUCUUAAACUUUUUGAAGUGCUUCAGGUAGAAAGGUACCCUCAAGAGUGUUCAGGCUUCUAAUUUGUAUGUAGGAAUUUAAAUUGGUUUUAUGGUUUUUUUGUCUAAUACUCUGUGAUCAGAAAUGAAAAAUGUAUCAAUAUAGCUUAUAUUGCCAUUAAUUUCAUAAGCAAAUUAUGGUUUGAUUCUACAAGGUGCAAUGCUGCUAAGUUCAGCUGAAGAAGUAAGUUACUCUACAUCUUUCCAGGAAUGUAUUUCUUCAAUCCCUUCAUUGCGAGGAGUGUGUAUGUGUAUGAAAAGCUUGCAGACAAAUGCCAGCUCAAUAUGACCAAACAAAGGCUAUUUCUGGUUUUGAAACUUAGAGCUAUAGCACUGAGUUAAUACAGCACCGAUUUCAAUCUAGUUAAGACCUUUAGGGAGAAUGUAUAUAGUUAUACUGCAGAGGUAGGGUUCUGGACAGGAGCUGGUACACAUUUCCAGUGAACUGAGUUAGAUGCAUGUAUACUGGAGCACACAUAGACUUAACACUGCAGAAAACCAAGGUGAUUUAGUUUAUAAUAAAUAAAGCUGAAGCGUACUAACUUUUCAGAGUUUCACAUGAAUAUAGCCAAAACAUCACAUUUACACCUCUGAUUUGAAAUUUAAAACUUAAAAGAUUUUCAUAGCAUUAUUUUUAGCUCUGCUUUUUGGAAUUUUCAUCAGAUUAUGGCUUUAACGUAAAAAUGUGAGCCUUGGUGAGAUGCACUUCAGCAGUCAAAUAUCUGCCACUGCUUGUAAUAAGAAAACAGAGCUAAUCUUCAGCUUCUCAAACUGAGAUUGAUAAUUAUUAUUGAAUCUUUUAAUACUGAGAAGUCAUCCUUCCCAUCACUAACCUCUUAACUACAUGAAUGUUAAAAUAUUUUUAUAGAUCCAUAUGUCACAUACCUGUAAAUCAUGGCUGUUGGAGCAUACCUGUAGUUAUGAAGCAAGUCACAUGUGCCAAAUCUUUUUUUUAAUGCAUUUUAAUAACUUGGUUAAAAACAUGAUACUAUACGUUUACCCAUGAAAGUAAUACCAAAAAGAAAGUAUUGAUAUUUUUCUCCCCAGAACAGUUACAUUAGCCUUAAGGAAUUCAGCAAAGGUUAACAGUGGUGCUGUUCUCUCUGUUUUUGUUUGCUUUUGCUGCAAUGUAUCAGUGACUUUCAUAUGGAAUAGUAAUAAAGGCUGUAGUUUUGAUAUAUGUGAUAACUCAUCUUUAUAUUGCACGUGUGCCUCGUGGAAAUAUUUUCCAAAUAGCUAUUUUGUAAAUCUGAGCUGGCCUUUACACCUUUAUCUAAUAGAAAAAUGAGUGGAUAAAAGACAUGCAUCAAUGAAGUCAGUGGCAAAAAUCCUAUUGACAUUACUGGAACUAUGACUUCAGCUUUGAUGUGCUGAGUAAUUUUCCAGAGCCCUAAGAAUAAUAUUGGUCCCUGUAAAUUUAUUUGAAAAAAGUACUUUGCAAUAAACAUCUUUUGUAAUAAGUUCUGUGAUGUCAAUUGGAAUUAUGCAACUUAAUGAAGUGCUUUUAAAAUUGUGUAUAAAAUAGGCAGAUACUAUGGCAUUUGGGCUCUGCUAUUGCCUAUCUGUAUUGUUUAAUAUGUUUAGAGUGCUCUGACUAUUCAGUGCAUGGGUUUAACCUAAAAUUGUAUAAGAUGCAUAAGUAGACUUCAGUACCACUGUUUCUGUGGCAGUUUUGUACAGUAUCUGCCUCAUACCUAAAUGAGCAAAGUAAAAUUGUUUUACAACACUUCAGUUAUUUGUUGAUAGAUUUAUAUUUUACUGGAUUUUUUCAAGUUACUGAUAUAAAAUUACUUCUUUAUAAACCUAAAAUAAAUCUAAAUUGAAAGUUCAGUGCUUUGGAGUUGUUUGCAAACUUUGUCUUGGUAUUCCGAAGUUGGAACACUGAGACAUCACAGAGAAACAGUAAAGAUUUAAAUGGAAAUCUGGGGAGUCCUUUUCCUCAAAUUUUGAAAGAAAAGUGUGAUUUCCUGGAUUUGAAGUGGUUUUUAAAUGAGUGCUCUAUGGAGAAUGAAGCAAGUAAAGAGGGCUGCCCAGGAAAUCGAGACUGUGCUAUCUUCUUGGAAUUCAGAAGUACAGAAGAGAUGAUUCUGAAUAGAAAUGUACAUUUUGGUUAUCUGAAAAACCCUUUAUUAUGUCAGCCUACAUGCUACUUGGCAAUAAAAUGUAUGAUUUUAAGUGA